AUGCCACAACAAGCUCCUCAGCGCAAGAGCCUCUGGGCACGGUCCCUGUACUGGACAAUCUCCGUACUCGCACUAUCCAUGUUCUACAGAACCUACGUACAGAACAUCUUGUUCAUAACACUGGGUGUCGGUCGUCAGAUCCAGCCCCUCGAAGAGUUCCCAUGGACAUGCACUAGGCAAUAUCACCCUCUCCUGGAAGCCUGUGAGGAUAUAUGGCUAGAUCACCACGACCGGAGACUAUAUGCCGCAUGCUCGACCAUUGAAUCCCGGCAGGGAUGGAGCCCAGGUGGGAACAAGUACAAUCUCUCAGCGCGUGCUCUGACCGAUCAUAUCACCGUGUUGGACAUUGACGAAGUGGAUUCCGAUGGCCUGUCCGUGCCCCGCCAGUUGAAGAUUGGUGGCUACGAUGGCGAAUUGGAUCUUCAUGGCUUUGACGUGCGUCAUAUUGGACCUACGGUGCGAUUUUGGUUGAUUAAUCACAAGCCCCCGAUCGACUCGGUUACAGGAGAGCUUUUGGAUCCCUGGACUCAUGGUGCGAAUUCAACGGUUGAAAUCUUCAAUUUGAACAAACAGACAGAUACACUGGAGUAUGUUCGGACUAUCCAUAGUGAUGCCAUUAUCUCGCCAAACAACUUGGCUGUUGAUGCUGAUGGAGUGGGAUUUGUAAUCACAAAUGAUCAUAAGAGCAAGACUGGGCGCUUUCGUGAUCUGGAAAUGCUAUAUGGCACUGGAAGUCUCACAUAUUGUCGCUCUGAUACUGGCAAGUGCAAUAUCGCAGCGAAGGGCGGAUUCCGCUUUCCUAAUGGCGUUGCUAAGGGCAAGGAUGGUCUUUACUAUGUCUCUCAUUCUGUGACGGGGCUGGUAACCAUUCACAGACUGGAAAAUGAUCAAUUGAAGCAAGUGGAUACCAUUGCGAUGGGCUAUCCGGUGGAUAAUCUCUCAUUUGAUGAAGAUGGGAGCCUCAUUGCUGCUGCUAUACCUGAUUCCUUUGCGUUUAUUAAGUCCGCGGAUCAUCCACACGACUUUGUUGCACCGGCGACUGUGCUAGCUAGUCCUAUCAAGAAGCCUGGUGGGACGUGGGAAGUAUUGAAGAUUGUGGAGGAUUCCUUUGCCGAAAAGCUUCCUUCAUCAACGGUUGCAGUGCAAGAUACACGGUCAAGUCGUUUGUUUCUAGGAGGAGUAUUCGCUCCGUUUAUCAGUGUUUGCGAGAAGCGAGAGUGA